UCACAUUAAAAGUGACAUAGUGUAAAUUAUAUAUGGUUUUGGUACUGUUUUUGAAAGCACAUAUUUAUUUGAAAUAAAUAAUAAUGUUUUUAACCUCAGUUGUUUUAUCUGUCUGUUUAACUACUGUAUUUGCAGAACCAUUUCUUCCAAAUGUUCAAGCAAAUCCUAACUUUGUUUCUCAACAAGUGCCAUCGAUGACACGAGAAGAUCAACGUUUUUCUCCGAAUAUGCCACUUUCACCAAUGGAAGGAAAUCAAAAUAUGUAUCCGAUUCCACAAAUACCAAUGAUGCAAGGUUUCCAACCUCUAUUACCGUUUAAUCCCAUAAAUCAGCAACAAUUAUCUCUAUUAUUGAUGUCAACGUAUGCCAGAAUGAUCUCAUUAAUUCAACUGAUGAACAUGCAAAACAGAUAUCAACCUUACAAUCAAUACAUUGAUCCAGCCGUAAAUAAUUUUGUUCAACCUCCAGUUCCACUGCCAUACGUUCAACAACCUCAAGUAGAACUACAAAAUAAUUUGCAAAAUGAAUUGUUGCAACAACAACAACAACAAGCAGAAGCACAACAUAAAGCGAUUUUAGAUGAACGAAGAAUACAACGUGAAUAUGACAUGGAAAUUCAAAGACGUGAAGAGCUUAUAAAAAGACAAGCGGAGGAAGAAGAAAUAGAAAAUAAACAAAAAGAAAUAGAACGCCAAUUACUUAAUGAAGAAGAUAUAGAAAGGCAAAGAAACGAAGCUCAACAACAAAUUUUUGAAGAAGAACAAGAAGAAAUAAGAAGAAAAGAAGAAGAAUUAAGACUUCAACAAAUUGAAGAUGAAAAAUUAAAACAAAACAAAGAAAAGAAACUAAAAACGAGACCACCGACAAAAGUUAUUAGAAAAUCACGUAAACCAUCAGUAAAUUAAAGAAGAUAUUAUUUUAAGAUUAUAGCCAAAAUACAAUAAACAUAAUUUAACCAA